AUGCCCUAUAGUUUAGGGAGCGACAAGCUCGAAAAGACGAACCUUGAGAAAAUCAAGAGCAAGCUGUCGGAAGAUGAAGAAAGGAAGUUGACCACAGAUAUGCGCGAGCUCUACGACAGGUUAAUACCGACUGAGAAGGUUGAGGAGAAUCGCAAAAAGCUUGUCGUCAAAUUGGAGAAAAUCUUCAACGAGGAGUGGCCGGGAAAUGACAUCCGCGUCAAUCUCUUUGGUUCGUCGGGUAACCUGCUUUGCUCUGAUGACUCCGAUGUCGACAUUUGCAUCACGACACCAUGGAAGGAGAUGGAGGGCGUUUGCAUGAUUGCGAACCUCCUCGCAAAGAAGGGCAUGGAGAAGGUGGUCUGUAUUUCCGCCGCGAAAGUCCCGAUUGUCAAAAUCUGGGACCCCGAACUCGGCCUCGCAUGCGACAUGAACGUGAACAACACUCUGGCUUUGGAGAACACGCGAAUGGUGCGCACUUAUGUCGAGAUCGACCCACGAGUGAGGCCACUGGCGAUGAUUGUCAAGUACUGGACACGGAAGAGGAUCGUGAAUGACGCCGCCUUCGGCGGCACACUCAGUUCCUACACGUGGAUUUGCCUGAUCAUCGGAUUCCUGCAACUCCGCGACCCGCCAGUCCUUCCGUCACUGCACCAGCGACAACACCAAAGGCUCCCUAAGAAGGGUGGGCCGGAGAGCGCGUUUGCCGAUGACCUUGACAAGCUUCGUGGGUUUGGCGACAAGAACAAAUCUUCUUUGGGUGACCUUUUGUUUCAAUUCUUCAGGUUUUAUGCGCACGAGUUCGACUACGAGAAGAAUGCCAUCUCGGUCCGCCUUGGUAGGAAAGUGUCGAAACAGGAGAAGGGAUGGCAUAUUGGUCUGAACAACUUCCUGUGUGUGGAGGAACCAUUCAACACCGUUCGCAACCUGGGCAACACUGCAGAUGAAUAUUCUUUCCGCGGCCUUCAUCUCGAGUUGCGACGAGCAUUUGAUCUGAUCUCGGAAGCCAAACUGGAUGAGUGUUGCGAGCAGUACAUUUACCCCAAGGAGGAGCCGCCGACGUUCCAAAGGCCCGCGCAGACUUCACGUCCGGUCAUGAUUCGCAGUUCUUCGCAGCAGCAUUCUGGCAGAGGAGGUGGCCGCGGCAACUACCGUGGCGGUCGUCAUUCUAACAACUUCCACCGCAACGGAAACUCCAACCGGAGAGCGUCGUCGAGCGUUGCCUAUGAUACUAACACAAUGUACAUGCCGCAAGUAGCAGUCACACCGCAGGAGCUCGCCUGGUUCACACAACAGCCGUCAGCUCACCAGCUUCAGUACCCCGCGCUUGUGAGUGCAGCCAUGGCCGCCCAAUUACAGCAGGAAAAUAACCUUCGCAUCCAGCUCUACAGCCAGUCCCAGGUAUACCAGCAAGUGCAAGCCCAGAUGGCUGCUCAAAUGCAUGCCGCACAGAGAAUGCAAAGCUCCAACGCAAACUCGCAGCAGGGCUCCCAGCGAUCUAGGACCAACUCGUUCGACAACCCUCCCCUAAGUGCUCCCAUCGCUGUUCCUGAAUGGUACAGCAUGUAUGGUGGUGUUCCCUUCCCCGCUACCUACUACAACCAGUCUGGAUUCACGUACCCAUCCUCACCUGCAACAACCACGGCGACACCGGAGUACCGUCGAGGACUGCAAAGGUCUUCAGUGACAACGGAAUCCGGCAACUCGACGUCGGGAAGCUCGCUUAGGUCUCAAUCGCAGCCUGCUUCGCGGUCUGGCCCAGCAGGACAACAGGCGCAAGGCUACCCUGGCUCCAGCACGCCAACGAAUGGAAGCUCGCAUCCGCCCCGCCAGGUCAAUGGAGUUCCGAUCCCGAGCUUCAUCCCUGACGACGCUGAUUACGACGAGGCGCCUCAACGGCCUGCAAGCAACUCACCAAACUCCGAAGAUGGAGCUGCGUACUUGGGCUACUACGUUUCAGAAGCAUCCAGUCCAGCCCGCUCUCAAGAGCGUCCCCCAGUGAUUGUCAACGGCACGACCACACCCUCAUCGAUCAGCAACACUGCUGCCACGGCCUCGCCUGCUUCAGCGCCUCGACCUGUCGACGACCCUUCGUUUCGCGACAGAAUCGCCUUGAUGAAUCAGUAUGGGUGGUCACAGCAAGCUCAGGCGUCGCCGGAGGUUCCCGUUGGAAACCAAAUUUCCCUGCAGCGAAGGGCUAUGCGGCAGCAAAGUGGGGUGAUAGCACCGCUCGAUCUGGCGACCAGGGAGAACAGGAUGAACGGCCACCAACUUAGCAUUGAUGCUCAACAUCUCUCACCCAUUAACGAGACACGUUCGCCUUCUCCGACAGUCGUGAGGAAAGGCGACUUUCAAGUGAAGAGUGAUCUGCAAAGUGGCCACGCAGAGUCGAUCCUGCCGGCUCACAAAGACAAGGGUCAGGUUGUGAAGGAGGCCAAGCAAAGUCAAUCGACGCAAUCGCCAAAGUCUCAGUCGUCAAACGCGCAGCGCCUACCGGGUCAGCCCGCAAGAACAAACGGCAACCGGGAGUACGGCCAUCGUGGCGGCAAGAACGAUGGCCAUGGUCACGACGGAGGAUGGCAAAAAGCCACCAAGGGUCGAAAAAAGGGCGAUGGGAAGAACCAAGGCAACGGAUUUGUCUCCAGCGAGCUGCCGCCCAAGCAUGACGCAGAUCGUAAGGGUGGCUAA